AUGGACCCAGUAACGCGAGCGCAGGCUCUCGUGCUUCAGUUACACGAGCUAAGCUACGCGACUCUGGGUUCCACUGUCCGCAGCGCUGGUGACGCCGCCGUCGCUUCCAUUCGGGUAGCUUGUGGACUUGACGCAAAGGCACAACCACAGGCCUCCCCAGUGGGCAGCACUGCGACCUCAACUGGUGAAGAGUCUGCUGGGAUAGAUGAGGCGACUGGUCGACCUCAGCCGGGCGACGUUCAAGCGUCGUUUGGUGCGGCUCCAGAGCCCAUGCGUCAAACACCGGAAGGCGUCCAGAGCGGUGUUGUAUUGGCCGUCAACGGUACAGCGGCAGCGACUGAAGCGCUUCCCCAGCACACGGAACCGGCUGUUGCAGCGGAGCUUCUAUUGGGAAAGUUACGAGAGCUGGAACACGUUCUAGAGGAGCUCGCUGCACGCUUCUCACUCGGCGGACUUGGAGACGCUUUCGCUGAACGCCAGUUGCCGGUACCGCUGGUGCUCCAGGAGGCGUCGGUCUUGGAGUGGUCGCUGCUGGAGCCGGUCGCUGCUCAGCUGCGCGAAAUGUACAAAGUCUUGGCUGCCGAACUUUCGACAGCAGCAGAGGAACUCUGCAUGGACCUGGAAUCCACAGCACAUGGUCGUGCGCUCCUGGAGGUGUCCCCCGGACGAGGCGACAGCGAACGCACGCCCGAAUACACUACUUGA